CAGCCUAGCUGGAAGAUACUGCUCGUCAAUAUAUAGUCAACAUUGCUCGUCAUCUGUUGACGGAUUAUUGUCGUGUUGCUUUUGUCUUUAAACUGUCAUAUUCCAAUGGAAGUGAUUUCAGUGAAGGAAGUGAAACGAGCAUCCAUCUUCAUCCGCAUCAUAUCUUGGACUUCAAGAUAGGUGUUUCAACUUUGUGUGGAAUUGUUUCACUAGAUAAACAAACAGAUGGAGUUUGCUGAGUGUAUGAAUGGUAUUUUUUGUUUUGAUUUAAGGGUUUGAAUGUAGUUUUUCUUUUUGAAAUUUGACAAUUUUGUUUUGUGUGAGAGGAACUCUGUGUAGGCAAUUAGCAAGCCAUGCAAGUCUGUGUUUUUAUCCGUGGUGGUUUGUCAGGUGUAUAUAGGGCUGUAUCCUCCUGGAGGGAUUACCACUGUUGUAGAUGGUUGUGCAGGCAGGGAUUAUAACAGGAUGCUUGGGAAUACGAGGAUUCAGAUCUUCUUUUGCGGAGGAGAGUUUUAGUGAUAUUUAUUCUCAGCCAGUAAGAAUCAUCAAUGGCCAACGGAUUUAAUGUGCAUUUGGAUGUACGACUGCGAGGUUUGGAUUAUGUGGUAGGGUACUUGAAGAGGGAGGACUCCAGGCAUUUGAAGAAGUUUAUUCAAGAAUUAGCAACAGUAAACAAGGAACUAAAUCAAGCAAGGGAACACUUACUAGAGAGAGAGGAGGAAAUAGCGGAACUUAAAGCGGAAAGAAAUAAUACUAGGCUUCUAUUGGAGCACCUUGAGUGCCUUGUCUCUCGUCACGAGCGGUCACUCAGGAUGACUGUGGUCAAGCGGCAAGCGUCAUCUCCCGCAGGAGUCUCCAGCGAGGUCGAGGUGCUCAAGGCUCUCAAGUCUCUGUUCGAACAUCAUAAAGCCUUAGAUGAAAAAGUUCGAGAACGGCUACGGGUUGCAUUGGAAAGAGUUGCCCAGUUAGAAGAGGAAUUAGCGUCAGCCAAUCAAGAGUUGUUUACUCUGCGUGAACAGCAGACCAAGUCGCGGCAUUCUAGCGGCAGUACGGAAGAUGGCGACAAGUUGAGGAAGGUAUCAUCUGCUGACUCUUCACAGGAAGAGAAUCAAAAGGAGGCACAUCCCAAAAAUGCCUACUUUCAGAGAUUGUCCAAUGGGUCAAUUGACCCAGAUUCGGACAUUAACCGCGUCAUCGAGCUCCAGGAAACAGUGGAGAAGCAGAACAGUGAGUUGACAUCUGCACGGACGAAGAUGCUGGAGCUGACCAACAAGUGCACCGAACUAGACGAGAGUUUCACCACCAACCAGAAGGAUCUUGUCAAAGCUCAGGAACAGAUGGUCAAGCUGCAGAGGGACCUUCGGGAGUCUCAGGCCCAGAAGGAGGACCAAGAAGAGAGGAUAGCAACUUUAGAGAAGCGGUACCUCAACGCCCAGCGGGAGUCAACAUCGCUACAUGACCUCAACGACAAGCUGGAGUCAGAGUUGGCCAUGAAGGAGUCACAGCUGAAGACUAAUGAGGAGAAGAUCCGUUCUGUCCAAGAGAAAUAUGAGAUGGCGGAGCAGAAGCUUCAUCAGUCUAUGAAGAAGGUGGAGGUGUUGCCGACAAUAGAAGCCCAGUUACAACAGAGGAUGGAUGCACUGAGCCAGGCGGAGGAGCAGCAUGGUUCGGUACAGGAGCGUCUGGAGCAGCUGGAGUCUAAUCUCCAAGACAAGGACUCAGAGCUACAGCGGGCUCGGCAGCGUGAGAAAAUGAAUGAGGAGCAUAAUGCCCGGCUGUCGGCAACCGUGGACAAACUGUUGUCCGAAAGCAACGAGCGGCUGCAGCUUCACCUCAAGGAAAGAAUGCAGGCACUCGAGGAGAAGAACCAGCUGACGCAGGAGCUCGACCGCACCCGGAAACUCCUCGACGACACGCAGCAGGAGAAGGAACGAAUCAAUGAGGACCUGCAGAGAUACCGGAAAGAGGUGGAGAUUCUCCGAGCUCAGAUUGAACAAAUUAUGAGGACGGGACUUGGAGUGGAGGAGAGCGUGUUGAGGAGAGUACAGCGUGGUCGGGAGCAGGCACUCCUAGAGGACCAGUCCAAGGUUAACACGCUGAAUGAACAAGAAUGGGAGAAGCUACAACAAGCACAUGUGCUGGCGAACGUUCAACAUGCAUUUGAUACAUCGGACACCGAGGGAACAGAUGAUAACGAGUCAAUAUUCGGAGCUGUGGAUCUGCUGUCUCCUACCGGACACACGGACGCACAGACCCUCGCCCUCAUGCUACAGGAACAGCUGGAUGCAAUAAACAAUGAGAUUAGGUUAAUACAGGAAGAAAAGGAGAGCACCGAGCAGAGAGCAGAAGAACUGGAGAGUCGGGUAGGAAGCGGGAGUCUUGAUGCUAUAGCUGCCACCAGGUGGCCGCAGGGCUACGAGCGCUCGUCUCCCCCUCUCAGCGGGCGCUCAACGCCCACGCCCAGAACAUAUCAGUCGAGAGAUAUUCUCCAAAAAUACCACACCGCACCAGCGGGUAUAUCUGCCUCCCACUUGUACACCUAUUCCUCAUCUAGUCCGCAAUUGGCAACAUCUGCUGAUUCCGCAGCAGCGCAGCAGCCCCAGUACAGUCGUGAUGACACAGCCCUCAGCAGUAAGGAUGAAACACGGCAGAUUAAGUGCGAGUCUAGUCCACCGACACCAAGGUCACUGAGGUUAGAACGGGUCGCCAGAGCACUAGCUCAACAAAGUGCAGACAACUCACCGGUGUGUAGCAAACUGCACGAACUUACUCACGGGACAGCAAGUCCGAUGGGGAGCGUGCACAGCAGUCAAGACUCACUACACAAGCAUACAAAAAAGAAGGGCUUGAAGAGUUCGCUAGGGAGGUUCUUCAGUAAGAAGGAGAAGCAGAAACCCAAAGAAGCGAUGGGGUUGGAGCGUGGUGCUACGGCCUUCACCGAUACAGACGGGAGCGGGGACGCACUCACUCUGGGGCUAGGACAAUCAGAAUUUGAUAGGAGGAAAAAGAAAAAACAUGAGUUGUUGGAAGAGGCCAUGAAGGCAGGCACCCCCUUUGCCUUGUGGAACGGACCAACUGUUGUAGCCUGGUUAGAAUUAUGGGUAGGGAUGCCUGCAUGGUAUGUAGCAGCGUGUCGAGCCAAUGUCAAAAGUGGAGCUAUCAUGUCAGCAUUGUCCGACACGGAGAUUCAACGAGAGAUCGGUAUCAGCAAUCCCUUACAUAGGCUCAAACUCAGACUAGCCAUUCAGGAAAUGGUUAGCCUAACAAGUCCUUCAGCGCCAAAAACUUCACGAACAACUCUAGCGUUUGGUGAUAUGAACCAUGAGUGGAUCGGGAACGACUGGUUGCCAAGUCUGGGCCUACCUCAGUAUCGCAGCCAUUUCAUGGAGUGUCUGGUCGAUGCUCGCAUGCUUGAUCACCUCACCAAAAAAGAUCUGAGAGGGCAAUUAAAAAUGGUAGAUAGUUUCCAUAGAACAAGCUUACAGUAUGGAAUAAAUUCAUUAAAGAAAUUAAACUAUGAUAGAAAAGAAUUAGAACGGCGUAGAGAAGAAAGUUCGAAUGAAUUAAAAGAUGUGUUGGUGUGGUCUAAUGAGCGAGUUAUCAAAUGGUCGAUGUCUAUAGGCCUGCGUGAAUAUUCAGCUACUCUGCUAGAAUCAGGAGUCCAUGGGUCACUUAUAGCACUAGAUGAGAGCUUCGAUCACAACAGCAUGGCUCUCGCAUUACAAAUACCCACACAAAACCAACAAGCUAGGCAAGUUUUAGAGCGGGAAUUCAACAACCUGCUGGCAAUCGGCACUGAUCGCCGCCUGGACGAGCCGUGGCGCACAGUGAUAAACUCACUCCCUCCUACACAGGGUGAGGGCGGCAAGUUUCGCCGGGCACCAUCAUGGCGGAAAAAGUUCCGAACAAAAGACAGCAAGGGGCGUGAGGGCGGGGAAGAAGGGGAGACAACUGCAGAGACCUACGUUCAGCAGUCACCUCAGCACACAAGGCGGGCACCGGACAACUCAGUGGCACGCCGCUCCACAGAACAUAGGAACUAUUGAUGAUAGCCAUGUAUAGGGAAGACGUUAUAUCUUGGUGUAUACUCCAUUCUGAUUGGACAGUUACCAUUCUAAUGGAACCUGAUUGGUCGAUUUGAUUUACCUUCAAAUCAGAUUGGUCAGUUUGACUUUUACUGGAUCUGACAUCAGGUGUACUGUAAUGGACUCGUAUUGGACAGUUUAAGUUCUACUGGACACUGAUUGGUCAAGCCAGGGAUCAACUGUUGAAGCAGGUGGUUCACGAGUAUAUGUGUGUAUAUCCAUGCAUCAGGACAUGCUACCCCACUGUUACAUUGUUUAUAUCAUGUGUCAUCUGGUUUGAGAUUAUCUGUACUCAUUGUUUAUAUCAUGCCUCAUUUGGUUUGAGGUUAUCAGAUAAUCUUGAUUCUCAUUGGCUGGAAGCAGUUAGGGUCAGCUUUAACCAUUAACCUUUGACCUGUAGUUGUGUAAAAGUGGUAGUACUCGACAUUGGUGUCAUUCAACUAUUUAUUACAUGCGAUACCCUGUAGCAUUAUGAAUAUAUGCAACCUUAGUUUACACCAGGAGACAGGAGACAUCACAAUUCUACAACAAUCAAAUGUCACCAGCCAUACUGUAUCCGUGUACCACGAGGUCGGCAAUCAUGAUUGUAUUCUUUCUUUUAAUACUCAGUUUCUUGUCAAGACUAGAGGAAAACCUAAAAUGAGAAGUAAACCUAGUUUGUAAUUUCACUUUUCAUUAUUGUUUUUGUAACAACAAACUCAACCCGGUUAUAGAAUCUGCAGUUCAAGUUAGAUAACUCAGAUCAAGGGAGAUAACUCAAUCUCACAAGGUUGUGAAGGAUGAAAGGAAAACAACAUGCAGUUUUAGGGCUGUCUCACAAAGUGAUUUACAAAUUGUGAGAACAAUUUUACAAACAUGAUUUGUUGUAUUCUUUUUGAACAUUGACGUUUUGAGAUGACCCUGCUGCCAGUGCCUGUCUCAACAUUUUAUCAUUAAUUCAUUAUGAUCAGGCUUGAGGGAAACAUUUUGUUUUGUAUGUGUACACAGCCCACAGAUUAUGAGGGAGGGUCCUGAUGGGUUCAGUGACUGGUGUAGAAUGACUCAAAACACUGUUGUAAGAUCGGUCUGCCAUUCAAUUAUAUUGUCAAAGACGAUGAAAUACUACUUUUUAUAGAAAUACUAAAUUAAUUUAUUACUGAUUGUAAAAGUUGAAAAAUUACAAUUGAAAAUAGACUCAUUAUAUUUUAACACUCCAUUGUUAUUAUUUAUUGCAAGGAAAUCAAUAUUGCUGUUCAACCAUGUGCUGACAUUAAUGUUCAUGUCGAUUUGCAAAGUAAAAUUAUUACUGCCUAAGUAUGCAGGUUCCUUAUGCCAAGUGACUCAGGAUUCCAAAUGCCUACUUACUCAAUGUCAUACUGACUUAAUGUCCAACUGCCUACUGACUCAAUGUCCUACUAGCUACUGACUCAAUGUCCUACUGACUUGAUGUUCUACUGCCUACUGACUCAAUGUCAUACUGCCUAUUGACUCAAUGUCAUACUGACUUAAUGUCUUAUUGCCUACUGACUCAGUGUCCUACUAGCUAGCUACUGACUUAAUGUCCUACUGCCUACUGACUCAAUGCCCUACUGCCUACUGACUUGAUGUCCUACUGACUUGAUGUUCUACUGCCUACUGACUCAAUGUCAUACUGCCUACUGACUCAAUGUCCUACUGACUUGAUGUUCUACUGCCUACUGACUCAAUGUCAUACUGCCUAUUGACUCAAUGUCAUACUGACUUAAUGUCUUAUUGCCUACUGACUCAGUGUCCUACUAGCUAGCUACUGACUUAAUGUCCUACUGCCUACUAACUCAAUGCCCUACUGCCUACUGACUCAAUGUCCUACUGACUUGAUGUUCUACUUACUCAAUGUCAUACUGCCUACUGACUCAACGACAUGCUGACUUAAUGUCCUACUGCCUACUGAAACAAUGCCCUACUGCCUACUGACUCAAUGUCAUACUGCCUACUGACGCAAUGUCCUACUGCCUACUGACUCAAUGUCAUACUGCCUACUGACUAAAUGUCCUUCUGACUUGAUGUUCUAGUGCCUACUGACUCAAUGUCCUACUGCCUACUGACUCAAUGUCAUACUUGCUACUGACAAUGUCCUAUGCCUAAAGUGACCAUGCCUAUCAGGACCCUCUUGAAGGUGAUAGGAAUCUCUGUUAGAAAAGAAGCAAUAGAUUAACUUUGUAUUUUAUUUGUCUAUUUUCUAAACAUUAUUCUCAGAUUGCCUUACAUCCAAUCACGACUACAAAAAUAGCAGAUUCUUCUAUGCCAGGAUGGUUCAAGUAAGCGCUGAUGAAAAAGAUAAACAUAUAUUUUGACAGCAGUAAAAGUAUGGUCAAUUGGGCUGUGAGAAAACGUGACAGCAGGUCAUACAGUAGAUGUUUUCCGAGAUAUCUGUUAAAGGGAGCAUUGCCUGUGAAUAUGAGCUUGGCCUGCAGAUAAGUAUCUGCAAUUUGAAGCGUAGAUAAGCGUCCCUACAACAAUCAAAAAAAGGAAUUUAAGUGUUUCCAAGGAACUGCCCAGGCUCUCGUUGUCUUAGUGAUGAAGAUUCUUCCUCUAGGACAACAACUCUGAUAUUUAAUCAGGAUAAGAGUUUUAGUCUGUCUUUAUUUUUAACUUUGUUUUAUGAACUUUUUAUUAUUUACCUUUCAUUAUUUCAAGUAAUGAUAAUCAUACAAGAAAUAUGAUAAACUCAGAGUGAUUUUUAUUUGUGAGUGGCAAAGCAUAGUGAUAUGAAUUCACUGACCAGAAAAUAUAAACAUAAGAUUUCCAUCUCCGUGACCAUGGUAACCUGGCUGACAAAUUAAGCUGAAAGCUGCAAAAACAGAACCAUUUGUACCAAGUCUAUUACAGUAUGAUUAGCUGAAUUGAUCCAGUCUUUGUCACUUGAUUGGCUUAUAUGAUUCAGGCAUUAUCACCUGAUUGGCUGAAAUAAAGCAGUCUUUAUUUGAUUGGCUGAGAUAAAGUAGUCUUCAUCAUGUGAUUGUGAAUCAGUCCUCAUUUCAUGAUUGGCUGAAAUAAUGCAGUCCUCAUUAUCUGAUUGGCUGAACAGUCCUGUUUUCUUCUCAUGGCUGAAAUGUUGAUUGUCAACCAUCUUCCAACUUGGCCCUGAAUAUGUGCAAUAUUGUGUGAAAAUCGGAGAUUGCUGUGUGCUCAGUAUGUUGUGUGCUUGAACUCUUGAAGACAUACUGCCAGUAAAUAAGUUAUUCCUAAUCAGGGCUCAUUUUUAGUUUACAGCAGCCCCUGCCAUCAUUAUGUGAACAGUCUGGUAUGUGUAUUGGCUUCUGUCCUAAAAGAAAUCAGGGAUUUUGAACAAAUGUGUUAAAGGAUUAGAUGGAUAUUCCCCUUUGCUAGUCAACAGUAUUCAUAAACAGUUAACAUGGGAUACAAUACAUAUUUUGUUGAUAGUGUGUAAAUAUAACUCACCUAUUAUUAAGAUCAAUUGUCACCCCCCAAAAGUGUUUUGGUUUUCGUUUUUGACAUUGUCAUUUUCCAGAUCAGGUCAGAUCUCAUCUGAUCCCAACUUCCGUUCUUACCAAGGGUGGGUAACUCUAAACUCAUUAAAGGUUGCAAGUUUGUAAAUUAUUCUAUAAGAAAAUCCCUAUUUCCGAUCUUCACAAGAAAAGAGAUAAACAAUUCCCCUGAUCCCAAACAACAAAUGGAAACCAAAAGAUUCUAUUCGGGGGCCUAUGUUACCAUAAACUGACUGUGAUUUUGAAAUAUCAGGAAAAGUUGUGCAAAUACAGUGGAGAAACUUAUUUCCUGACACAGAUGUCUGAUUACCUGCCCUUCUUCUAGCUCUUCUCCGGAGAGUCCAGAUUAGUAGAUCAGUCAACUAUAAAUAUAUCGCAUUUAUACUGAUUGAAAGAAAUAAGGGAACGGCUGGGAAGAACAGCAUGUUGACAAAUCAACCAAACAUAUCACCGAGAAGACGAAGAUUGACACCAACACAUACAAAACUAACAUUUCAUGUAGUGAAAUUUUGUUCACUUGAAGCUCAUAUUUUAAGCAAAGCUUUCUUCCCAAUUUGUUCCCCUAUUUUUUUUCCUCAGUAUAUGUAAUUGUAUGUAUGUACAGCAGACCUAUAUCGUGUAGAAAAUAUAAAGUAGAUUAUCACACUAUUCUAUAUAACGCUCCAUAUGAAUUCAACCACUGAGCAUUGUGCUAAUCCCUCGUUAUAAGAUGGAUAUGGGAUACAUGAUGAUGAAAUUAAAAUGUAUGGAAUAAAUUUAUUAUUGGAGACUAUUUAUAAUAUCGGAUGUAUAGAAGGCUGCAUGUGUUAUUGCUGCUUUGUCAAGAAAUCUGUUACUUAAGCUUUGUGAUGACACUGGGACGAGGAUGGAAUAUGUGAAUGGCACAAGUGUUUAAAAUAAACUCACCCUGUGUGUAAUCAUCGAAGACAGGGCAUCGUUAUUUAUGCCAUAUCUCCAUAGUCUGUUCGUUUAUUGUUUGUAUUUUUUGUAUUUUUACAAAUUUCGUUCAUAUUUAUGACGCUAAGGACAUAGUUACUCCCAUCUCAGCUCUAUCCUGCAACCCCAAGUCAAUAUAUUUCUUGUCUCCUUGGAAAAAAUAAUAUAUCCUGUUUAAGACCUAAAUGUACAUCUGCCGGGCUCAAGAUAUUAGUUCUAUUUAUUUGUAUACAUGUACACCAGGGUUGUUUUUGAAACCAGAAUUUGUUGGAAUUUGACAUUGUUUGUUUUGUAUGGCAGGGAACAGUCACAAUUGUUAAAUUGUCUGUGCUUAUGUUACUGUUUGAUGGUUAUAAGGUCAUUCAGGAGGGCGCUAAUUACUUCAUCAACAAUAAGGUCUGUUUAGAUAUAUAAAUAGUCUUGUUUCUCAUGACUUUAUUCAAACUCCUUAUUUUGAAAGAGGUUAGAAAUCUCUAAAAAUAACUAUCAUUCUAAUGUUCAUGAUUUUGGGGGCACAGUUGUCGUCGAAGGCGCCACAAUUUGAUGUGCAGAGUUGCAUCCCUUGGGCACACCAGAAAUCUAGUGGUAAACAUCUGAGAUCUGCAUCCGUUCAGGCUUUCCUCCGACAUUAAGCUGACACAUCAUGAUAUGAGCGAAAUACUGUUCAAACCCAACUCACUCACACAUGGUUCCUUUGGUCACGAUCCCUGUGUCUCAAAGUUUUGAGAGAUGGGGGCCAAGGUCAUGUUGCCGACCACAGCUCAGUUCAUAUGGGAAUCUGACACAGAUUGAAUGGCAUGUCUUUUGCAAAAAGUUUGCAUCUAAUUUAAAAAUGAAAUUUGAGUUUAAGAAGCCUUUUCAUUAGCGUGUGUAAAACUAAAACACAAUAAAAAACAAAUAUUUGUGGUGAGGCAAUUUACAGGGAGGCAGGUCAUGAGAGACAAGACUUCAUCUGAACAAGCCUAUGUUGAUGAGUUUCAUGUGUGAUGACUUAAUUAGAAUCAAAGACACAGUGGCUGGCACCACAUAUGUACACACUGUAAUGCAUGUUUACUAACCCACAGACCAUCAGUAAUAACAAAACCUCUUGAUAAAGGUAGAAUGUAAUCUUUUCCACAUCUAGCCACACACUUGAAUUUAAGGAAAACCAAACUAAAGGGGCAUCUGAAUGGUUCCUUGUCAAAUAGGACCAGAUUCCAUCCCAUUCUGCAUCCUCUCUAUCAAGUGUCAUUGAUUUUAAACUUGUGUUCUGAUUAAGUCUUCCUUUAUAUAAUCAGUUACAUGCUGUGCCACUUACCAGCUAGCUGUAGGACAUGGUCACAAUGUGACAUAAUAGCCAUCAACUGCCUACACUGCUGUGUGAUUGUAACACAAUGUAUCACUACAGUCGCUGAUGUUAGUGUGAUUGAAACACAAUGUAACAUAACUGCUAGUGACUGCAAUGUUCUUGUAACAAUAUGACACAAGUCAGUGAGGUCAGUGUGAUUGUGACACAAUGUAGCAACAGUCACUGACUGCAGUGUGAUUGUGACACAAUGUAAGAACAGUCGCUGACUGCAGUGUGAUUGUAACACAAUGUAGCAACAGUCACUGACUGCAGUGGGAUUGUGACACAAUGUAACAAUAGUAGUCACUGGCUGUAGUGUGAUUGUGACACAAUGUAAGAACAGUCGCUGACUGCAGUGUGAUUGUAACACAAUGUAGCAACAGUCACUGACUGCAGUGUGGUUGUAACACAAUGUAAGAACAGUCACUGACUGCAGUGUGAUUGUAACACAAUGUAACACUGACUGUUAUUGGGUGGCAACUCUUCAGCUCGACUAAGCACCUGUGUCUCUAGUCAACACAUGCAGGGCUGUCAAAGGAAGAAGACCUAUAAAGGGGAACUUGUGAAAAAUAUCUGCUGAACUGUAAAUGACAAUACACAUUCACCAGUCAGACACAUUUAGCAGAAACUGGAAACACUGGUAGAUAUUUAGUCCUAAUAAUCAUGUCAUUCAUCAUUAAUUCUUCAUGGGUCUGUAUGACCUACGAUCUUCCAUCAACACUGACUACAUAUCGAUGUUUGGGUGUGGUCAUAAUAUUUUACCAACAAAUCAAGCGACAGGCAGUUCCCAUAAAACCUAUGAGUUCUCACACCAAUGGUCAGAUUACAUCACACAAAUAUGUCUCGCUUGACAUUUCUAGUAUCUUGUGUCAUAGCUGUGAUGCUGUCUGCACCACAUAUUGGUAUACAGGUACUGACAAAGUUCCUGCACAGGGUAGGGCUAAUUUAAGUAGGGCUUAAUUUUCAGUAGCAGAUUGUCUGCACUACAUUGCAAAUCUGUUAUAUGUAUUCACCAGCAGUGGAGGAACGUAGAGUAUACAAACCCUGGAGGUAUUGAUGAUGCACUUCAUUUGAAUCAUAUAGAAAUAUUUUGAUCAUUUGUAGAUUUCUGCCCCCGUAGCUCAGUACCUCGUAGAGUGAAAAUCCCUGGGACGGUUCAACAAACUGGUGCUAAUUCAGACAUUCCGUUGACUAUGUUAACCAUGUUAACGUUCUGUGUUAUCCACAGAUAGCAUAGUACUGAACAUUAGAAUCCAAUUCCAUUACAUUGACUUUUUCUCUUCUAUUUGAAGUACUUCUUUCAACAGUCACUGUUCAUUACAGCUUUUUGUGUCUCAGUUCAAUUGCUAUCUGUCUUCAUUACAUUGUUCAGAGUGUAAUUGUCAAGGCAAAACCUGUAGGUUAGAAUUAGAACCCCUGUCCCAAUGUCAAGGACAAUGUGAUAAAAGGGCAGUCUUCAUCUUCAUCGUUGAGCAUACCGGUAGAUGCAUAAUUAUUUGUACGGGUUUGGAGCGUCUGAAUCUUUUCAUUUGGAUAAUGACAAGGUUGAACUUGAUUUUCUGUAAUGUCAUGUUUUCAAAUGAGCGUAAGCAUAAAAGAUGUUGAUUUUUUAUUUGUUUUUCUUCAUGAAUCAUUUCUUGGUAAAAGUGAGAAAUGUAAACAAUUCUCUGGAGAUAACAACACUAAAUUUAUUCGCGUAUCAAAUCAACAUAUCAUAGAUGUUUUUGUUUCAUAGAUAUUUUCAUUUGCAUAGAAACCACUGCCUAGACUUCACUAUAUGCUGUGUGAUAACUGACAAAAUUAGGUUCAACCAAGUUUUCCCUCUGCUUAAAUUUCCAUUUCACAAUCAAAUGACAUUAAUAAAAUUAUCAAGUUUCUAUAUGCAACACCUGUACAUACAUCCCUUUGUACACGUUGUAUUGUCUUUCUCACUAAUCCAAAAUCAAAUGUCCCAAGCUCAAGGGAGAUAACUGUGACAAGGGAGACAACUUAAAGAUAGGUGUUUUGGGCCUACUUGCCAAAUAUGCCCCUUUAGCAGUACAACUAAAAGAGAUUUUACGCUUUAUUUAUUUUUUCCCCAUGCAGAUUUAAUUCAUAAAUCUGUUUCUUUUCUCAAAUAUGAAUUUUGUUCUCAAAUAUUAUUUCUCACUGAAUCCACAUUGCUAUAGGCCUAAAUCUCAUUCUUGCCAUUGUCUCUUUGCAAUGUGAUGGCUUGUUAUGAUGACCCUUUUGUAUGGGAUAAAUGUGUUGUAUCCACAAUAUUUGUUUGGAAUAUUGUACAUCUUGUAAGGUGCAUAUCUCGGUGCAUAUGUGGACAUUGCUACAUUACUGGUGGUGGAGACCCACGCCUCAUGAAGCCAAACAUCAUUUGUCAAACAUCAACACCAUAGCUUGUUGUGGUAACAUCCGAUUCAGUCUGUUCAUGUUGGGAUAUUGCUGAAAUCAUUUCACACAAUUAUGUUAAUGCAAUGAAAAUAAAUACUUUCUUAUAUAAAUAUUAUAUUUUUUAGUUUUUUUUAUUGAUUUCCUUGGUCAAUUUACCAAAAUGAAGGUGGUUAAAAAAGGACAGGAAAAUGUUGUAAAAUCAGGGUUGAUUUGAGAUUUCUAAUAUCAAACUCUUGAAAUAAAAGCUUCAAACAAAAGGAUAUUCAUAAAAGCUUAUUUUCAAUUGGACAUAUAUUGCUUUUUAAUACAUUAUUUUAAUAUAUUUUUUACAAUUUUAGGGUUUUGUUCUGAAAUGUUUACUGAAGACUUUUGAUGGGUUUUUUUAUUCAACAUUUAAAACAUAAUCAGUUUAGGAAGCAAUAUUUCAGGUUGCUUGUUUCAGUGAUGUCAACUCUAUCCCACAAGCAACAGACUGUUCCAUCCAACAAGCCAAUGUAUGACUCAGGACCAUUUCUCCUUCCACCAGUAACCAUGGUAACCAGACACUGCAUAUAUGCAAAAUAUGUUCUACCAGGUCUGUUCAACCAGAAACAAGUACUUACAGGAACUGAGAAUCAGAAGGUACUCAGACUUCAUCAGGUAUCAUGGUACCCACACUUCUCUGGGUAUCAGUGUUGGCAAUCUAUGAUUCCUUCAAAUACUUCAAUAUUUCUUGUGUAGGAAAUUAAUUUGUUUCCCAGACCUCCGGACUCUUUAACCUGGAAACUCAUUUGCAGAUAUCACUGUAGUAAUAGUUCAUUUCCAUACAGAAUCUCGGAAAAAUUGUAAGUGGUGGAUUCCUUUAUCCUUGGUUUCCAUGGUUACGAAUUAAAUUUGUAUCUGACGAUGAUUUGAUAUCCUGUGUUUGUAGAGCAAGUCACUGGUUCAAGAUUUGAAUAUGAUGCCAGGGUUAUUAAUAACUUGAAAAGUAACUUCCAAAUGUCUUCAUCCAUCAUUGGCAGACUACUUCAGUGAAGCUGGUAUAUUUUACAAGGGAGAUAACUGUUCCCAUACAGUGUAGCAGGAAAUGAACUAUUGUGCGAUAUGUGCCUUAUAGUUAAUGGGUUGAAGGGAACGGGGACCGUGUGAGUUUAGAUGCAUUUGGUUAAAAUAUCCACUCUGUACACAUGUUGCAUUUUCAAAGCAGUAAGUGUGAGCACUAUAUGAAGUAAUGGCUUAUAAAUAUGUGUAUCUAUGUAAUUACCUGGCUAUUAGAGUGUUAACAAUAGAACUGUACUGUCCAUCUCUUCCAAUCAAACAGGUAUAUCCAGAAUGUCUGUCUUGUCAUAGGCUGGGGCCCUAGUGUAGUACAAGCGAUGGUGUAUCAAAACACCAAUGUAGAUCUGUAUAGCAGGCUGUUGUGACCUUGACCCACUUCUGUGUUACUGGCAAGGUCAUGUGUCCUUGACCUUGUGUUGUCAUCAAGGUCACAUGACCCUGCUUCAAUUCUGUGUUAUUGGUAAGGUCAGAUGACUUAUGCCUAUUUCUGUGUUAUUGGCAAGGUUAUCGUGAUCAUGACCCACUUAUAUGUAUCUGUCAAGGUCACAGCCUUGACCCACUUCUGAGUACCAGGCAAGGUCACAGACUUGACCCACUUCUGUGUACCAGGCAAGGUGUCUGUAGUUGCUGUGUGACCAAACGCACGUACAUUCUUAUCCAUGUCCUUGCGGCAGAGGGGGUCCGUGAACAUUUGAUUGUGAAAUAUUUUUUAUAAGGCUGCCCUUUAUGAUAACUGAGCAUAAAGAGGCAGGCAUCAAUUAUCAUUGACUAGAAUGAAUAAAAAUAUAAGAAAUA